AUGAAGCUAGCUCAUAUCACAUCGCUGAUACUCCUAGCAGCAGUCACUUCGGCGGUCGUGCUUGCGGAGCCUGGUGCCGCUCAGAAGUGCGAUGCUGCAGGCAUCGCGACCGCCGCGCUGGCGCCAGAGGGCGGCCUGCCCACUGACUGGAUCGGCAAGCUGUCACCGUACAUGCUCUACUUUCAGGCCAUUGCCGAUUUUAGCUAUCAGAAGGACAUUGGCACCCGCAUAUCACGCAAGUCCCCGGGUCCCUGCCUUGAGGCCUGGGGCAUCAAGGAGUGGCAGCGCUUUGACACCGAGAACCCCCUGGGAGCUGGCCUCAGCUUCCUGCUGAUGAGGACGGACAAUGACAUCAUCUUGUCGAUCAGGGGCAUGGUCUCGCGGCGUGACGUCAUCGGCCAGGACGCCCUCACAAAUGCCACCUAUGACCCCGAGGCGUUUGGCCCUGAGGCCGUCAAGUUUGCUGCGGGGAAGGAGCGCACACUGCCCAAUGGCAAGCCCAACCCCGAUGCCUUUUGGACGCUGGAGGGCUACACGAUCAGCUUCAACAGCGUGCGGGCCAAGGCAGGCAAGGUGCUGGAGGCGUGGAGGGCCAAGAUGAAUCCCAAGGCCAAGCUCUGGUUUGUCGGCCACAGCGACGGGUCCCAGCUGGCCCAGCUGGGCGCCCUCAAGUACGCCCUGACGAUCGGCGUCAACGCCAUUGGUGGCGUUGUGCUCUUUGGUCCGUCCAGGGUCGGCUCGCGCGGCUUUGCUACCUUCUACAACACGCAGCUGGGCAACAAGACUGUGUACUACAGCUACGGCCGUGACCCCGCCCUUGCGUACUCGUACCCCAUCUCCGAUGGGCUGAUGAUGCCCGGCAUAGGCAUCCGCGCCUGCCCUGUUUACGGCCAGGCCGUAGAGCAGCUGGUGCCCAUGGCCCUGGGGGAGGACAAGAUGGCGGUCUGCAGCGAGCUGCCGCUGGUCAACACGCCCCUGAGCCGCCUGUGGCUGCCAGACUGGGUGUUUGGCACCAGCGACCCGGCGUUCAACCAGCUCAUCUCUUGGGAGUACCUGGCGCACCACAUUCCUGCAAUUUCAUACGACGGCCUUGUGCGCAUGCUCAACGCUGGGCUCGGCACCGGCAAGCCCGACGCGUGCACCCUGGCCGCGCUGUCCCUAGACAAGAGCCUGCCGGAGCUCUCCGGUUGGAUGUGCUACAACGGCAAGCUGCCAGGCACGCUGUUGAACCUUUUUUACGGCAGCAACGGCGCCCCCAUCGACCCGGACGCAACGUACGAGCUGGAGAUCAACAACCCAUUCGACCGCUCCAACCGCCGCGGGAGCAUCGCGACCUUCAAAAUUCCGAUCGGCCACAGGAAGUGA